AUGGACUUCAUGAAUUCGACAUUCCCGUCCACUACCCCAGAAACCUACUGGGAGCAUUACAAUGAUAUCUCCGGCCAUAGCGCACACUUCAAUGUCGCCGAACGGCUCUGGGCAGCUUGGUAUGCGUGGAUGCAAAACGACGUAUUAGCAACAGGGAUCAUGUCCUUCGUCAUGCACGAAUUGGUCUAUUUUGGGCGGUCUUUACCGUGGAUACUCAUCGAUACUCUUGGUUUCUUCAAGAACUACAAGAUUCAGGCGGCCAAAAUUCCAUCCUUACGAGAGCAGUGGGACUGUGCGAAGUUUGUCCUUCUCAGUCAUUUCACAGUAGAAUUGCCGCAAAUUUGGCUUUUCCAUCCAAUGGCUCAAUUCUUCGGUCUUUCCACGUCUGUUCCGUUCCCUUCACUCUGGACUAUGGCCUACCAGAUUGCCAUAUUCUUUGUCAUGGAAGAUACCUGGCAUUACUUCUCCCAUCGUGCUCUGCAUUGGGGUCCACUCUACAAGGCCAUUCAUAAGAUUCAUCAUCAAUACUCAGCUCCAUUUGGUAUGGCGGCCGAAUACGCGUCACCUAUUGAGGUCAUGAUUCUUGGUUUCGGUACUGUCGGAUGUCCUAUCGUCUGGUGCGCAGUGACUGGCGACUUGCACAUAUUCACGAUUGGGUACGAAUUUCCAUGGAGCCUUCACCACUUCCUCCCCUUCUGGGCCGGGGCAGACCAUCACGACCUUCACCACGAGAAAUUCGUUGGCAACUACGCCAGCAGUUUCAGGUGGUGGGAUUAUGUUUUGGACACGGAAUACAGCCCCGAGGCAAUUAAGCGAAGGAGAGAACACAAGGCCGUUGGCGGUUCGAAGAAGGCGCAAUGA